UACGAAUUUGAUCACUUGAAUAGGUGGGAGAAUUUACUGUUUCGAAGGUAGGCAACUGUGUAUAAAAUCAAGGGAAGGUAUCGAAAAUGUGACAUACGAGUUGUCACUCUCUAUGCGUUUAAGAUUAUAAGAUUCCUAGAUCUUUGAUACGAAACACGAUGCAAUUAGUUACUAUUACAAUUUUUGUUGUUUUUUGUUGUUACAUUAUGCCAUGUAUAAUGGCAAAAGAAGAUAUAUUAGCAUCGGAAGAAAAUCAUUUCUCGAAUUUUGAUCAAUCUGUUAUCCAACCAGAAAAUGAACAAUAUUCAGGUGCUAUAUUAAAUAGGGAAAAAAGAACACUUUUGCUAAAGAAAAAGCUUAUUGGUGCGGGACUUUUGGGUUUUGGAUUAGGUGUUGCAAAAGGAUAUAAGAUUGGUUAUAAGACUGCUCCAGAAGUUCAUCAUGUAUAUUUAUCCCCUCCUCCAGCAUCCGUGAAAUACGUAGAAUACGUUGAUAAACCUAUUUUUAUUGAAAGGAUAAUUGAAAGGCCUGCUCCGAUUUUUAAACCGGUACAUAGUGAAUAUAAGGAUGCUUCUUCUUAUGGACCUUGGUAAUAUUAAAAAUCAUCAAUUGAAGGAAAUCACAUAAAACGAAUGAAAAAUAAUAAUUGAAUUAUCAAUCAUAGCAGCAAAAAAAAAAAAAUUAAAAAAAUAAUACGUUGUAUGUGUAUUUAUAUACAUAUAUGACAUAUAUGUAUAUAAUAUAUACAUAUUAUAUAUUUAUGUUUAACUUUUAUUAUGUUUAACUCUAUUGAGAUUUAUUUUUAUAUACACAUAUGCGCCUAUAUUUUUCCAUAUAUUCAGAAUUCAUUAUAUGAUACAAUAGAAUAAGAUACAAUAUAUAUAGUACAUUAUCACUUUGUAAAAUGAUUUAAAUAAAUACAAUUAAAUAUUGUAUCUUUUUAUCAAAAAUUAUAUUAUUAAAAAAAUUAUUAUAUGACAUUAAUAAAUUAUAUAAUAAUAAUAAUAUAAUAAUAUUAUAUAAAAAAAAAGCGGAUGUAAAAAUAUCUUAUUUUUUUGUCUAAUCAAUAAAAUUUUAUUUCCCAAUUAUGUACUGUUACAUAACAAAAGUAACAGUAUUUUCACGUUUUUAGACAAUUUAUCGCACUCUUUUUACCGUUAGUCGCAUUGUUCUGGGAAAGAGAUCACAAAUUUGUUAAAUGACAUUUAAUGAAUGUAAUGAUAAUAAAUGUUUGUGCUUUUA